AUGUUCCUCAGUUUAGAGACUUGCAUUAGUAAUGAAGUCAGCUUGCUUUGCCUUGGCAGAGAGAGAAUCAGAAUUUACACCUUUCAGAAAUUGGUUAAUGAGGACAGCACGCUGCCAGCCCACGCUGACCCCGCCCUGCACGUCAGCCCGCCCGCGCCCACCAGGGCCACAGUUCAGCAGCUGGAAGGAAGAUGGCGCCUGGUGGAGAGCAAAGGCUUUGAUGAAUACAUGAAGGAGCUAGGAGUGGGAAUAGCUUUGCGAAACAUGGGCGCAACGGCCAAACCAGACUGUAUCAUCACUUCUGAUGGCGAAAACUUCACCAUAAAACCUGAGACGACUUUGAAAACAACACAGUUUUCUUGUACCCUGGGAGAGAAGUUUGAAGAAACCACAGCUGAUGGCAGAAAAACUCAGACUGUCUGCAACUUUACAGAUGGUGCAUUGGUUCAGCAUCAGGAGUGGGAUGGGAAGGAAAGCACAAUAACAAGAAAAUUGAAAGAUGGGAAACUAGUGGUGGACUGUGUUAUGAACAAUGUCACCUGUACUUGGAUCUGCGAAAAAGUAGAAUAA